UCAUUCGGCCGAGCGGACGGCGGGGCCGGGCUUUGUUCACGCGCUGCCGCGGCCGAGGCUCUCCGGGCGGUUUGCGGCGUCCCGAGCCGGGGGCUCGGCCACCGAGGGGCCCCCCGUUUCCUCGCCGAUGCCUGGACUGGGCUCAUGGGAUCGGGAGGCGGCAGUCGGCGGCGUGGAGCACAGCGGAGCACGGCGAAUGCAGAAACUCCCAUUCAAGAGGGAGGAACAGAAGAGCGAGGGACAGGUGCCUUUGGGCUCACAGUGCUAGGCGUUCCCUUCCUGGGAUCACCUGCACAAACACAGGGACAGCAGGAGGAAGCGAAAGACAUGGCAGCCACGACCACCGGCCAUCCCGGAACCACGGGCAGCCCGGACUGCUUUCCGCACUGCACCCUGGAGCACGCGGUGAAGACCAUCGUCGACAUCUAUCAUCAGUACUGCGUCCGCGACAACAAGGACGACCUGCUGAGCCUCAAGGACCUGAGGGAGCUCCUGAAAUGCCAGGCGCCGACUUUCCUCGCUGCCUGCAACCGGAGCCAUCCUGGCUACAUUGAAAAGCUCUUCAAAGAGGCAGAUGUUGAUGGGAACAAACAGCUGACCUUCGAGGAAACGAUCAAGGUGUUCGCGCUCCUGGCUGACGACGCUCAUCGCAUCAGUCACGACGAGGACCGCUGCGGCCCAGACAAGGACUGAUAAUCCCCAGUGGCUGAACCGGCAGCCCCUCGCAGCACAUCUGCUGGAGCUGAUUGUUCCCCAAAUCCUUCCUGAUAACCCACCGCAUGCCCAAGGGCCAAAGUGGAAGACGAACUGGAGACAGGCAAUGACCAAUUCUCCAUUUCUCCCUCGGUCAAAAGCUUCUGCCUGACUGGUUCUCCUCCCACUUUUUCCUCUUUUACAUCACCUUCCCCAGCUGCUUUUCUCUUUGCAGGGGAAAAGAUACCGAGCAACGCCAUGCACCUUUUUCCCUGCUGGAAAAAACAAUUUGGAAAACUGUGCAUCUUCUAUGUAAUUUGGCUCAUGCUCUGUUCCCAGCACACAGCGGCAGAUUCCGUUUGGUUUUGGCAGCAUGUUGAUGCGAGGAAAUAAAACCACCAAAAUCGCCCACGAA